GAAACCGAGCCACUGAAGUUGACUUACCGUCAGCAACGGAGACUUGAUCAAGCUGCUCUUCGGCUUAAAUUUCCUGGCCGCAAGAGGCGUGGGCCUAUGAGGGGCAUAAAAUAUGCUCCCAAAGGGACGAAUUCUGAAGAAAAGGUUACAAUCACUUGGAUGAGCUUCGACGUGUGGUUGGGGAAGAGGCAAAUGAGUUCAUAUGUGAUUAUAGCAAUUGGGUGGAGGAGUUUUGUCCCUUAAAAUCUGUGAAUUGGGCUAAAAUGGAUCCAGAUCAAAAGCAAAGGUUGUAUGACAAAAUUCUGGGGAAGUAUAAUUUACCCGAGAAGGUUGGUGGUGCUGAUGUAGUUGAAGCAUUGAGCUUUCAGUGUUCUAUUCUAUAUAGACAUUGGAGAUUUAGGCUCAAGGAAGAACAUUAUAGAGGCAAGACAAAGGCACAGGCAAGAGCCAAUAAACCUUUGACUAUUGAUAACGAAGCAUGGGUAUGGUUGGUUGAUGAGUAUUGGGGUAGUCCUAAACAAGAGCGUAUUAGCAAAAUUAAUACAGAGAACAAGCUAAGGCUAAAGGAAACACCAGCCAAUGGUUCAAGGUCUACAGCAAGAAUAUGCUAUGACAUGAUGAAUGAGCCACCUGUGUUUUCCACGCAAGAUCUUGAAGGAUCAUCAGAACCUGUUGAAGUGAAACAAAAACCCAUCUAUGUCAGAUUGUUUGAGAAGACCAAAAAGAUAAUAGCCUGA